GCCCUUGUUUUGUUUGGACCGGGGGGGAGGUGAGGGAGCGCUUCCCUGAUCGCGGGCCUUGCCUCGCAGCGCGCCUGCGCCGGCGUCCUCCCGCCCGGCUCUGAUUGGCUAAGGGCUCGCGCAUGCUCCCGAGGCGCGCGGCGGGCCCCCGCCCUCCCCCCUCACCCCACUCCCUCAGAGGUUUUCGGAGCCGGUUCGAAAGAUGCCGGCGGCGGUGACUGGCUGUGGCGGACCCGCCCCCCCACCACCCUCCCGGGGUCCCCGCCCUCGCCGCCGCUGCCGCCAUUACGGAGCUCCCAGCGGUUGAUGCUUCACACUGAAACCAUUAGGAAAAAUCCUUGUGGUUAACAGCAGAGGCUUCAGAGUGUAACCUGUACUCGGGCCUAGAAAUUAUUUUAAAUGGCGACUGAUACGUCUCAAGGUGAACUCGUCCAUCCUAAGGCACUCCCACUUAUAGUAGGAGCUCAGCUGAUCCACGCGGACAAGUUAGGUGAGAAGGUAGAAGAUAACACCAUGCCGAUUCGUCGAGCUGUGAAUUCUACCCGGGAAACUCCUCCCAAGAGCAAGCUCGCUGAAGGAGUAGAAGAAAAGCCAGAACCAGAUGUAAGUUCAGAGGAAUCUAUCUCUACGGUAGAGGAACAAGAGAAUGAAACUCCACCUGCUACAUCUAGUGAGACAGAGCAGCCAAAGGGGCAACCUGAGAAUGAAGAGAAGGAAGAAAACAAGCCUUCUGAGGAAACCAAAAAGGAUGAGAAAGAUCAGUCUAAAGAAAAGGAGAAGAAAGUGAAAAAAACAAUACCUUCCUGGGCUACCCUUUCUGCCAGCCAGCUAGCCAGGGCCCAGAAACAAACACCGAUGGCUUCCUCCCCACGUCCCAAGAUGGAUGCAAUCCUUACUGAGGCCAUUAAGGCAUGCUUCCAGAAGAGUGGUGCCUCCGUGGUUGCUAUUCGAAAAUACAUCAUCCAUAAGUACCCUUCUUUGGAGCUGGAGAGAAGGGGCUACCUCCUUAAACAGGCACUGAAAAGAGAAUUAAAUAGAGGUGUUAUCAAACAGGUAAAAGGAAAAGGUGCUUCUGGGAGUUUUGUUGUGGUCCAGAAAUCGAGAAAACCACCUCAGAAAUCCAGAAACAGAAAGAACAGGAGCUCUGCAGUGGAUCCAGAACCACAAGUAAAACUGGAGGAUAUCCUCCCACUGGCCUUUACUCGCCUUUGUGAACCUAAAGAAGCUUCCUACAGUCUCAUCAGGAAAUAUGUGUCUCAGUAUUAUCCCAAACUUAGAGUGGACAUCAGGCCUCAGCUGUUGAAGAAUGCUCUGCAGAGAGCAGUAGAGAGGGGCCAGUUAGAACAAAUAACUGGCAAAGGUGCUUCUGGAACAUUCCAGCUGAAGAAAUCAGGGGAGAAACCCCUGCUUGGUGGAAGCCUGAUGGAAUAUGCAAUCUUGUCUGCCAUUGCUGCCAUGAAUGAGCCGAAGACCUGUUCCACCACCGCUCUGAAGAAGUAUGUCCUGGAGAACCACCCAGGGACCAAUUCUAACUAUCAAAUGCAUUUGUUGAAGAAAACCCUGCAGAGAUGUGAAAAGAAUGGGUGGAUGGAACAAAUCUCUGGUAAAGGAUUCAGUGGCACCUUCCAGCUCUGUUUUCCCUAUUAUCCUAGCCCAGGAGUUCUGUUUCCAAAGAAAGAGCCAGAUGAUUCUAAAGAUGAGGAUGAGGAUGAGGAUGAAGAUGACUCAUCAGAGGAAGACUCUGAAGAUGAAGAGCCACCACCGAAGAGAAGGUUGCAGAAGAAAACCCCAGCCAAGUCACCAGGGAAGGCUGCAGCCAUGAAGCAAAGAGGGUCCAAGCUGGCACCCAAAGUCCCAGCUGCGCAACGAGGGAAAGCGAGGCCCCUCCCCAAGAAAGCCCCUCCUAAAGCGAAAACUCCUGCCAAGAAAGCCAGACCCUCACCCUCAGUCAUCAAGAAACCUAGUGGUAGCUCUUCCAAGAAGCCUGCAGCCAGUGUGAGAAAGGAAGUGAAAUUGCCUGGCAAGGGCAAAUCUACCAUGAAGAAAUCAUUCAAAGCAAAAAAGUAAAUUUUAUAGGAAAAAAGGGUAUCAUGGUGGAAUUCAAAAUCUUAUUUUCUAAGGUCAGUGUGCAUUUGUUUUAGUUUUGAUGCUUUUAAAAUUACAUUUUUUUUUCCUCCCCUAUGAACAUUAUGGGGAGGGAAUAUAAAUAAACCAGUUUAGCCAUUUGUUAGCUUUAGGUGCUGUUCUUGGUGCCUGCCCCUCCCCUCUCCCAGUCAUUUUAAUUUCUGCCAUAAUUUUGGACUUUUCCUGAAUUGUAUAGUCUGUUCUUGUCCUUUUUUCUCCCUCCACCCUAGCCCUCUUUCUGUUUUAAUGGUCAGCUUUGGCUUUUUUUUUUUUCCUUCCAGUUUUAUCUAAACAGUUACAAAGAUUUUUAUGUUGGUUAGAAACCAUCAAGAAUGGGAUGAUGGUCAGGUGCUGGAUGUAAAAAGGAGGCAGUAUAGCACUGACUGAAUCUAAAGCCUCCUGCCUAGAGGCUUCACUUACAGCUGUAAUAACUAAUCUUAUUUAUAAAACCACUCGCUAACCCUCUCUCUCUCCAACUAUAAACACAGAGAUGUCUUAGCUUUGGGAACAGGCCAAAAGCACCCUGAUCUCAUUAGAUGCUGAGGAUCCAUGGCCCCUUUGGGCCGCUUUCCCAUCGCUGCAUCUCCAGGCAUUUCUCAGUGGCCCCGAGUGCCGCAUCCCACAGCAGCAAGCACAAGGCCUCUCCAGCACGUGGGUGCUAGCUGAGGGGAGAUACAGGAGCGCACUGAAGUUGUGAUCUCUGGUGUCACCUGUGUUACCAAAAAUUAAAACAAAGUCUUGAUCAGAUAGCUAAAUAUAUUUUUAAUAUUUGGAGCAUGGAUUGUCACUUCCUCUUUCCCUUUUUUAUAAGGAAAUGUUGGAGAGUUACACCAUUGCUAAUGUAGAAACGUGAAAUGAAAAACAUAAAAUUUGCUAAAAUAUUUCAAAUUUAUCUGUGGAUUUUUCCCCUCUUUUCUUUCCACAGCACUUUUGAUAACAAACAAGUGGCUUCCUUUUUUGAGUUAUUUAAAAAGAGAAAAGAAAAAAACAAAUGAAGCCUGACUACCUAACCCUUCCUUAUUUGUAUUUGUUUUAGUAUCGUGAAGUUGUGUUAAAUAGUAUUAGCUUCCUAAGAAAUAUUGAUUUCUGGUUAUCAUUUAUCCUCCCUGUGGCACUUGACAUUUUAAUUGUCUUAAAUUUUUUGGUGUAUGUCUUCUGGCCUGAGUGCUGCCAGAGGCAAAAUAUGUUUGUUUAAUCCAUUCCAUUUGCAUUGUCUCCUGGGAUCCCGUCUGCAGCCUGAGGUUUGGCUGAGAAUUGGACUUGAGAAGACUGGCUUGAGUUAGAUCCAGAAUCAUGUGUGAUCCCAUCAUGAGUUUAUUGGAAUUUGUGUUGCAUGUAAGGCAAUCUUUUCCUGUUGUAAAUCUUCCUUUUUUUAUGUACAUAUAUUUUGAAAAAUAUGAAUAAACAUGGAAUUUUAAAAGCU